UUGGCGCUUGUGUUGCCGUUUGCUCGUUUUCGGUGCCGCUUGGUUUGGAGAUUGCACUUUUUGUAUGUUUCCGCCUGAUAAUUGGCGGAAUUAGGAUUUCCAUUUAUUAUUUGUUUUACCCAGUUGUAACGCUGUUUUUGACGAACCUAAAUUUAAGAAUACUUUAAAGCAUGAGCAAAUAUUCAGAAAAUGAAGAUGAUCCUGAAAUUUACGAAAGCUCGGGUGAUGAGUGGAAGCAAGAAGAUGAGGAAAAAACCAGCAAUAGACGAUUGUCUCAAAGAUUGAGCAAAAAACCAAGGAAGACAGUAGUGGAAAUUGGUAGCAGUGAUGAAGAUUCAGAUUCAGAAAACGAACGCAAGAGAAUGAAGGCUAAAAAUGGAGUUGCUAAAAAAGUUAAAUGCAAGAAAGAAGAUGACGACGACGAUUUUAUAGAAGAUGAAGGUGAAGAUGAGGAAGCCAAACAAAAAUUCGAAAAAUCGUCACAAAAUUCUGUGGGCAAAAUAAUUUCAACUACAACAACAGCAACUGUUCCUGCUUCUAGAGGAAUACAUAGAAAAUUCAUACCAAAAACUAUAUUUUCUGAAGAUUAUGCAACGGGGUCGUUUGUAAUUCUUAAAAAAGACGCGCAAGUCGGAGAUCCCUCCAAGCAUCCUUGCAUAUGGAGAAUUGAUGGCAAAGCUUUGCUACAAAAAUAUGAAGCUUUUGAUGAAGACGGCAAGGUUAGACAUAAAAACACGUCAAUUUAUACUGGUUGGUCUCCAAUGGAUAAAGAUCUGUAUGCUCCCAUUACUGUCGACGUAAUUCUACACAAUAACCAGAACCUUACUGUGGAACUACACUGGGACAAAUUAAAAGACAUUAAUGUUGACAGUGAUUAAUUAAAACUAUUUUUACUUAAUUUCGUAUUUCUCUUUUUAUUUUUAUGACUAUGUUAAAGAUAUACUUACCUAAGUUCUAAUAAGUUCUUUGUGUAGUUUUUGUUUAAAAUUUUUAUAUGUUCUUUCUUUUUCUCAU